AUGGCUGAGUACGCUGCGCAACCAGGGACCCGGCAGGAUGUCGUAAAUCUACCAGAAACCGCGUCUGCGGCCCAAUUCCAGAAUGCAAAUACCUCCGUCGACGUGAUCUGCGGCCCCCUCAUCAACUUCAAGUCGAUGGACGUGGGGGCAACCUCCUCCGAAUGGCAUGGGAGCGUGUUGAUUGUCACCAAACCCGGUCAGAAGCAGCCGCUGCUGCAAUUGCGCUACUCCGGCUCCGUAGAGUCGGCCAACGCUGGCGCUCCGGUCAAUGGUGAGGUGUCUUCUAGGCAGGAAACUGAAUACCAUGGCGUCCGGCUGUAUGAAGACCCCCACAAGGCGUUCUGGCGGUUCUCGAUCUCUGUGCCCUUGGGGGCGUAUGAAGCCCGCUGGGAAUACAAUAUUCCAGGUUUCCGGUACGCGUCUCCGGAUCUGACUAUCAAGCCGUGGAACUUUGUUGUUCCCUCGGUCGACCAGUCCAUGCGGAUGAUGUUCCAUUCCUGCAAUGGGUUUUCUGUUGGCACCGACAUGGACGCCUGGAUAGGUCCGAGUCUGUGGAAUGAUGUCCUGCGCGUACAUGCGAAGAAGCCCUUCCACGUUAUGAUCGGUGGAGGGGACCAGAUCUACAAUGACAACAUUCGCGUCGAAGGGCCGCUCAAGCCGUGGACGGACAUCGGUAACCCGCACAAGCGACGCGCGCAUCCGUUCGGGGAAACCUUGCGGGCAGACUGCGAUUCCUUCUACUACAACAACUAUAUCAGGUGGUAUUCGACCGAGCCGUUCAAAACCGCGAACGCCCAGAUCCCUCAGAUCAAUAUCUGGGACGACCACGAUAUCAUUGACGGCUUUGGUUCCUACACCGACCACUUCAUGAGGUGUGCAGUCUUUCGUGGUAUCGGUGGCGUUGCGUUCAAGUAUUACUGCCUGUUUCAACACCAUCUGGCGCCGCCCAAGUCGACGUUCACCACCGACGCUCCGCAGACCAUGCAUGCCGUCAAUGGGACGGCUGGUGUCGACCCUCGCCAGCUAGAGAACACCUUUGUAUUGGAUGAGACUACGGAAGAUCCCAGCUGGAUCAUUGGGGAAAGGCCAGGCCCGUACGUCGAAGAGAAGAGCAGGAAUCUAUACAUGCGCCUCGGCAAACGGGUUGCUUUUCUAGGCAUCGACGCCCGCACAGAACGCACCCGUCACCAGGUGAACUACCCCGAUACAUACGAUGCCAUUUUUGAACGUGUCAAUCGUGAAGUGGCAGCAGCCAACGGAGAGAUCAAACAUUUAAUUCUACUGCUCGGCGUCCCGAUCGCUUAUCCGCGUCUUGCCUGGCUUGAGAACAUCUUCAGCUCUCCCAUCAUUGCCCCGAUACGGCUCUUGAACCGGCGCUUUGGAUUUGCCGGUGGAUUUUUCAACCAAUUCGAUGGCCAAGUAGAUCUUUUGGAUGAUCUCGACGACCAUUACACUGCCAAGCACCACAAGAAGGAACGCAGGAUUCUCAUCCAGCGCCUGCAGCAGUUCGCGCAUACUCAUUCCGUUCGUGUCACAAUUCUUGGAGGGGAUGUUCACCUGGCCGCUGUCGGACGCUUCUAUUCCAACCCCAAGCUUGGGAUCCAAAGCCAGAACGACCAUCGGUUCAUGGUCAACGUCAUCAGCAGUGCCAUUACCAACAAGCCCCCUCCCAAGGCCGUGGCAAACCUCUUGGCUCGCAGAAACAAAAUCCAUAAUAUGGACAGAGACACGGACGAGACCCUCAUGCCUUUCUUUGAUAAACAACCCGGCGGUGUCGAGAAAAGUGCCGCAUUCAACCGCGUCACAAUGCCGUCGCGAAACUACGCAAUCAUCACGGAAGUCGAUACCCCGCUCACCAGCGACGCUCCCGCGGGAGAAAAUGGGCUCUCAGAGGUGGCAAUCCCCAAGGAUGGGCAUGAGCCACUUCAUCGAGGCGAAGUCGGCGCUGGGGCCGCAAACAAGGCAGCUGAUGGUCUCAGUACUAGCCAUAUACAUGGUGGACUCGACGUGGCCAUCCGGAUUGAAAUCGACCCACAGGAUCGACAAGGAGCCACGGAGGGCUACGGUUUCAGCAUUCCACCGUUGAAUUCCGUUCCCUUGACAACACUUGGACGGUUCUCUGGCUCUCGUCCGACAACCGCACAUUCGCAGACCUCUACACACGAGCGUCCUCGUUCUGCCACUUAA